AUGAAACAGGAUGGUGGCCCCGAAGAUAUUCUUUUCGCGAGAGCCUCCCAGAGGCAGAUCCUUCUGGACGCCUUGGAGCAAGUAGGGUCCUCGGCGAAUGGCAGAAAUCUCAUUCUCAUCAGUGGGGAUUCAGGCACCGGCAAAACGGCACUGGCUUGUUCCCUCCAACUUCCAGUCCAAGCAGCCGGUGGGCAUUUCUUAUCUGGAAAGUUUGACCAGAUCCAACAAAAGUCCCAAAAUGUGAUUGCCAACGCCAUUGGCCAAUAUGCUUCCAACAAGCUCCUCCAGGACGACGAGCUGGUUCAAUCUCUCAAGCAAUCGUUGGGUCGAGAUACCCGAUGUUUGGUCGACAUGAUUCCCGCUCUGGCCGAAUUGUUCCCGCAAGAGCUGGACGAUGAUUCCGAUACGCGGACGAAUGAAUGGAUGCAAGACAUGACAACCUUACAGUCCAGAACACGUGGGGCCUUUUUGAAAUUUCUGUCGGGGAUUUGCAGUCCCAAACGACCCUUGGUGCUUCUUUUGGACGAUCUUCAAUGGGCCAGCAAGGGAGAUUAUCAAAUCAUCCGGGAUCUGUUGACCACCACAGCGGAGGAUUUGCAAGGAAUUCUCCUGGUAGGAGCAUGCCGUGUCGUCGAUGGCGACCAUGAGUUGGCUCGGUUCAUUCGAGAUCUUUCCAAAACGGUCUCCAUUACGGACGUGGUGCUCUCCAACAUUUCGGCCUCGGAUGUUCAAUGUUACCUUGUCAGUGUCUUUCCCGGAAUGGAACCACCCGAUAUCGACACUCUUGCCAAGAUGGUGUACCACCAAACCGAUGGAAACUUUUUCUUUAUCAAGCAGUUCCUCGCCAAUCUACUCGAUCAAAAGUUGAUCAAGGUCCAUCGUGAUGGUAUGGCAUCGCUGGAUAAGCCCCGACUUGAGGAACAAGCCAAAAGCGACGAUGUGCUACAUUUCAUUGUGGCGAACUUGCGUCGGUUAUCUCCCGAAAUACAGAGUUUGCUGCAAUCCGCAUCGUGCCUUGGAGUGAACUUUGGAUUGAAUUUGCUAGAGUAUGUUGUGAUUCCCUCCAAUGGUAUCGCAACCAUGGAUCUUGUGGAAUCCUGUGCCAAAAAGGGAAUCCUUUCGUUAAAGUCAACCUUCGCGGCAUCCAGUACCAGUCUGUCGACCUCGGAGUGGGGAUUCGCGCACGAUAGAUUACAACAAGCUUCCUACGUGCUUAUACCUGAGGAAAGCAAGGAAGCGUUCCAUCUAUCCCUUGGGCGGAGUCUUCGCGAGAAAAUGAGCAAAAUAGAACUUGAAAAGCAUCUCCUCUUGGUGACAAGUCAUCUAGUCCACGGUGCUCGACUCAUCAAUUCACAACCGGAGCGAGAGGAGGUUGCAGCUCUUUGUCUGCGUGCGGGACAAAAGUCAGCUUCACAGUGCAACUUUGAUGAUGCAGGCGGCUUUAUCGACGCGGGGUUGAGCUUGCUUGGGGAAUCCAAGUGGACUGGUAAUUACGAGCUCUCUCUGCGCCUGGUCAACGCUGGAGCUGAAAUUUGUUACGUACGAGUGAAGUUUGACCGGCUGGAAGAGCUUGCGACGGAAGUGUUUCGCAAUGCCAGGUGUUUCGAAGACACUAUUGAGAGUCAUACGACUCAUAUUUUUGCCUUGGGGUCAAGGUACAGACUAGAAGAGGCAAUCGCUGAAGGGGUCAAAGUACUCGAUCAGCUCGGUGAGCCCCUUCCAGAUAGCUUCAGUUUGAUGGCAAUGCGCCUCGAGCACUAUCGAACCAGACGGCUGUUGUCAAAAUAUACCGGGCGGAGGCUUCUGGAUCUCCCUCCAAUGAAAGACCCCAAGAAACUUGCGAGCAUGAGGAUACUCAAUCUACUUUACUCUUAUGCAUUUUGGAGCAACGACAUCAGAUCAACGUUGAUAACCUACAGAGCAAUCCAGAUGUCUCUCGAAUAUGGUUUGUGCGCUAUGACUGGUGUUGCUUUUUCCUUCUAUGCUGGAUAUCUCUGCCUUUUUGGUGAGAUUGACCAGGGAAAUAACUACGGAGACAUUGCGCUUCGCAUCAUUGAUCGGUUCCAUGCAAAGCAGUGGUCGGGGCGAGUGGCGAUCACGGUCAACUCGUUUGUGAAACCCUGGAAAAAUCGCCUUGAUGAACUGCAACCAGCUAUGGAUUCGGCCUAUAAAUUGAGCUUCGCCACAGGAGACACGGAAUAUGCCAUGAUGGGUCGCGCGCUUGCAGUCACUUACCGAUUUAAGACGGGCGUCGACCUUCGCACUUGUUACCUUGCUUCUGUGGAAUUUCGUGAGCAGCUGGUGCAUCAUGAGCAGAAUGUUGUCCUUACCCUCUUUCAACCAAUGCUGCAGGCCAUGGCGAAUCUAUAUGGUAAGAGCGAGAACGCAUUGGUUCUGACGGGCAGCUUCAUGGACGAAGCCAAGGCCAUUGCAGCUGCGAAGAAGGACAACAAUUUGCUCGCGCUGGGGGUUCUGUACUUGGCCAAAGCUAUAACAGCCUUCUUUCUCAGCGAGUUUGAGGUGGCUGCAGAGUGCGCCAGACUCUCCGGGGACUUGAAGAAAGCGUGGAACAUGUCAGCACCAAUGGCCUUCAUGCAGGUUUUCUUUGAGGGAAUGGCACAUUUGGUUAGCGGCAAACCUAACAUUCGGGGGGCAAAGGGUUGCCUGCGGGAACUUCGUGCAUUUUCUCGCUUGGCGCCAACCGUGCUGUCAUUCGAGAUCAAUUUACUGGAAGCAGAGUUGGCAGCAACGAAGGGAAAGGUGAAUUUCGCGCUAGAAAAGUUUGAAGUGGCUAUUGCUGUCGCUCAGCGGCGCGGUGUUACGCACGAACAAGCCUUUGCCUGCGAAAGAGCAGCAGCUUUCAUGUCCAAGGUUGGUCAAUCAGAAAAGGCCACGCAGUAUUUGGACGAGGCAGUCGAAUUGUACAAAAGUUGGGGGUGUGAUCGAAAAGUGAAGAAGAUCGAGAAGCAGAAGUCUUCGAUGCAGCUAUAA